AGUAAGUGUUUAGCGCUGCACGCGCGCUUCAGCUCGCGAGCGGAGACGAGGCUAGUUUAGUAUUCCGUGCACAAGGCAAAGGAGGGAGAGGGGAGGGAGAACAGAGAGUGAAAUAUAGAGAAAAAACGAGGCUGUGAAGACAGGCGAAAACACAGAAAGAGAGGAGGAAGAGGUCUACCCUUUGGCAUCCGUUUGUCCCAGGCAAUUUCAAAGCUACUGUAGAACAUUCCAGAAAUACAGCCGUGGACCACAAUCAACAUUAACAUCUGAAAGAAUAACGAAGAAUGGCUCUGCAUUCCACUGUAGCCCAUUGGAAAUACAAAGUCUCAAAUUCAGCCCUGCCCUGAUGCUGCUUUAAAGACUGAGCUCACACAUAUUCUCCUCUUCCCUGACAGAUCAUUUUAACUGAGAUUUAUAGCCCAACAAAUCUAGGCUAUGCUUUCUGAACAUCUGACCUAAAUAUAGUACGACUGUUUAUUCAUUUGAGGAACAUUCCCAACAUUUAUUUGAAUUGAAUUCUUCUUCACCCGCUUCACCAUGACAAGGACUCAGGGAUGACAAUGUCAUCCUUUAUAAAAAAGUAUGUGCAAAAGAACGGCUGAUAAGCAGCCCCAAACGGAAUCUGUGCCCAAAGAAACUUUGAGGAGAACUUCCCAGAUUUCCACAGAAUUAGGGGCCAUUGUCAGCGCUGUGGGCUGCACAGAUGCUCAGGACAUAUAAGAGCUCUUCACUCACAGGGAACCAGGUUUGAUUCUGGCCUGGGUCAUGUCCCGAUCCCGCUUCCCCCUCUUUCAACCCUACUUUCCUGUCUACACUCUACUGUCCUAUAAAUAAAGGCAAAGAGUCCGAAAAUAAGAAGAAUUAGGGGUGGUUCAUACUGGACGUAUUUUACAACCAUCUGUGCUGUUUUCAAAUAGUUUUUUUUUAUGUAAACACACGCUAGACUUGUAUGUUUUGUACCAUUGUGCCAUGGUUUAUAUUCAUUGUUUUGACAGAUGCCCAUAUUUCCUAGUGCAUUAAAAUUUGUAUUUUAUUUAUAGUGUGAUUAUAGCACCUAUAAUCAUUAUUUAUAGUGUCUAUAGUAAUGCCCCUGGAGGACUGCAAUAUCAGACUGUUUACAGAGUGAUGUAUAUAGGAUUAGGUUAAGGGCUGUUUACAACUAAUGCAUUUUUGUGUCUGUCCACACUGUUUUUCAAUUGUUUUCCUAUGUAAACAUGAACUACACAGACAUUUUUGACCAUUAAGUGCUGCACUUUUUAGACACUGUGUCUAGUUAAAAAGAACUUUUAAAAGCACGAGACACCUGCGUUCUGUUCCUUUCUGUUCGCUGAGCUGCAUAUAGCUUUUUUAGUGGAAUAACGUGUUUUGGUCUGAACGGCCACUUAGAAUGCCCAGCAUUCACAAAGUUCUAUUGAUUUUUUUUUUUUUUUUUUCAUAUUUUUGCUAAUUUGACCAUGCUUUCAACUACCAAUAACAGAGUUUCAGCUCUGUUAACAUAUUUUACCAUAAUAAAAUCUAUUCCACUUAUUUUUCCCAAAAAUCAGCUCAGAAAAAUCCAAAACAGUUUGCAGAUUCCGUCUGAGCCUGCUGAUGAGCUACACACACAAAAUUCAAUAAUUCAUUUCACUUUGUUACUUUAUUUCAUAAAUGUAUGCAUUAUAUCCCCCUCCCUCACUCUCUGUACCUCUUUUUUUUCUCUCUCGUUUUUCCCCAGGAGCCCAUGCUAUUAUUUAGAGGAGUGAUUGUGGCUGAUUUACCAAUGGGUUUAACAACCAUUAAAACUUUCAAUUAAUGGUCAUAAAGAAACCUUCUUCACUCCUUGCUGGAACUUUGUCCUUCUGGAACAAAAACGAGGCCUCCUGUCUUAUUGGAUCCGCACGGUAGAAAGUGGCCUGACUCACCCUUUCCACUCAAGCGCCGUCCAAUUGGUGUGGGUGGUGAGGGCUGCGCCGCGAUUGGUUGAGUGCAGGGUGAGUGUGCGAUGCGGAUUGGAGGAUGUCGGGGGACUUGGAAGACGACCUUUGUAAGAAGGCGUUGGUGCUGGUGGAGGAACUGUGCUUCCGGUCUGGAGGCUUCAGCCAGAGUGCGAGCUGCCAAGAGUUUAGCUACAUGAUGAGAGGACUUAACAGACAAAUGAAUACAGAGAUCUCCGUGAGUCUGCUCUCCGUCAUUGUAACGUUCUGUGGCAUCGUGCUGCUCUCCGUCUCACUCUUCGUGUCCUGGAAGCUUUGCUGGUUGCCAUGGAGAGAUAAGGAAGGAGGAGGUCUGAGCUUGACGUCAGGGCUCCUGCCUGGUGGUGUGGGUUUGAGUGGGGUUGGGGGUGGAGGCCCGUCGCUCCUCCCUCCUCUCCUGCAGAGGAAGGACACUCCCUCCUCUUCCUCGCUAUAUCCUUCACUUUCCCAGCAUGGUCAGCACCACCCCCAUUUUUCCGACCUGAUGGGAGUGGAGGGCGGAGGGGGGCUGGUAGUGGGGGGUGUGGUUGGGGGUCCGCAGGAGACACAGGAGCACUCCUACCUAGACAUGGACUCUUAUCCCAACAAUGCAGCGAAUAUUAAGUUGAGCCAGACAUCUCCUGAGUUGCCCCCGGCAACAGAAGGAGGCUCAGCUGCAAAAGACCUGCCCAAUGCCCACUCCCAGCAGCAGGUCACCACCAGGCCUAAGCCCAUUACUCACCAGCUCUCCAGCCCUGAUUUCCACGGUGAGGAGAAGAGUGAGCAGCUGACCAGCAUCGGGCAGAUCAAACCAGAGCUCUAUCGGCUGCGCCAGGGAGACCAGGGGGAUGGCAAACAAGGUGAUACCUGUGGCAAAAUCAGCUUCCUCCUGCGCUACGCCUUUAACACGGAGCAGCUGGUAGUUAAGAUACUGAAAGCCCUAGACCUCCCGGCGAAGGAUGCCAAUGGAUUCUCAGAUCCUUAUGUCAAGAUCUACUUACUGCCUGAUCGGAAGAAGAAAUAUCAGACCAAGGUGCACAGAAAAACUCUCAACCCUAUCUUUAAUGAGACGUUCCAGUUUGGCGUGCCUCUGGCUGAACUGCAUUCACGCAAGCUCCACUUCUCCAUCUACGACUUUGACCGCUUCUCCAGACAUGACCUCAUAGGUCAAGUGGUGGUAGAUAACCUGCUUGACUUCAGCGAGGGAACUGGCGAGAAGCCUAUUUGGAGAGACAUUGUGGAAGGCACCACGGAGAAAGCUGACCUGGGGGAGCUGAACUUCUCACUGUGUUACCUGCCAACAGCUGGUCGACUGACCAUCACCAUCAUCAAGGCCACCAAUCUGAAAGCCAUGGACCUCACAGGCUUCUCAGAUCCAUACGUAAAGGCAUCUCUGGUUUGUGAGGGUCGAAGGCUGAAAAAGAGGAAGACCUCCAUAAAGAAGAAUACACUCAAUCCCACAUAUAAUGAGGCUCUGGUCUUUGAUAUCCCCAAUGAGAACAUUGAGAAUGUGUCUCUAAUCAUCGCUGUCAUGGACUAUGACUGUAUUGGUCAUAAUGAGGUGAUCGGGAUGUGCCGUGUGGGCAGUGAUGCUGAUGGGCCAGGAAGGGAGCACUGGACGGCCAUGCUGGCAAAUCCCCGCAAACCUAUUGAACACUGGCACCAGCUGGUGGAGGAGAAAUCCAUAACAACAUACGUGUCAAAGAGUGCUACAGCCUCCCCAAAGCCACACAUAGUGGUGGACAGCCCUCACUCUGAGUAGAGAUGUCAGCAUUCUCUUUUUAGCAACAGAAUUACAUUCUUUCUUUUCACCUGUGAAUAAUUCUUCAUCAAGAAAGGACCGGAGAAGAGAGACUGUGCUUGUGUGUGUGCUUUUCCUCUAAGUCGCCUCUGCAGACUCAACCAACACAAUAUAUAGAUUACACCAACUAAACGAGACCUGACACAUACACACACUAACAUACACAAUCAAACACAUGGAAUCAAAACAAAAACUGGCAUGGAUGGUAUUGCUUCAGGAAUGAUGUUAAAGACAAAAUAUAUAAUGAUUUAUUCAGGGGAACUAUGAUGAACAUUCCCAGUUUAAAAGUAGAUUAUCUUUAUUUAGUUAUUUAAAAGUGAGCCUAAAAACAUUUUUAGUAUAUAUAUAUAUAUAUAUAUAUAUAUAUAUAUGUAUGUAUGUAUGUAUGUAUAUAUAACAUACUGUAUAUAUAUAUAUAUAUAUAUAUAAAUCAGGAGAGAGGCCUGAUAAAUUAUGGACCAUGAAUGUUUCUGUGUACGUGUGAAUGCAUGUGCGUAUGCGAGUUUGUAAGGGUGCCUGUUGUGUAGCUAUAGAAAAUAUCUUUAAAGUGUUUCGGGCAAGUAGCUGCAAGUAUUUGGAUUGGUCUUCUCUGCCAAUGCAGAAUCUUAGCAACUGUUUCCUAUUUCUCUGGAGAGGAGGACUACUUUAUUACUGUUCCCAUCGGGAGAAGAAAUAAGGACGGAUGCACUGGCCAAAUCAUCUUGUGCGGUAUUGAAAUGUGUCCCUCUUACAUUUUUAUCACCCUCUGCUUGGAGCUCAUUGAGAUCAGCAAUUCAUUUUCUUUUCAAACCAUCUUUGUUUUUCUACCAGAUAUAAAAGGAACAGUUUAAGAAUCUGUUUUCCCUACAUGGACGCACUGGCAGACUGUAUCCCCUUGAGAACUUUCCUAAGGAGCUAUCAUUGAUUUCAGAUAUUGCCAGAGGAACCUAACUGGGACGGACAUUGGAUUUGUGUGCAAUUCCUGGAAAUGUAUCGUACAGGGAAAAGAUUUGGCCAUAGUAUUUUAUUUUUAUACCACUGGAUUUUUUUUUUGGGGGGGGGGGGGUCUCUUAGACAUGAUUAAUUUCCAAAAGAGUACGUUGUGUGCUCUGCUUCAUCCCACUUCAGAAAGACACACAUCUGUUCUCUUUUCUUCCCGUGUACCUAUGUGUUUGUGUCCUUUUGUGUCAAUAUGCGUUUGCUCGUUGGUUUGUGUGUGUGUGCGUGUAUGCCCGUGUGUCGGUAUAUCUCACUGUGACCCUGUGUACUACCCCGUGUUUGCCACCAACGUCUCGCUCUUUGCCCCCUCCUCCCUCCUACACAGAGAAAAUCUCGUUUUGAACAAUCAAAAUGUGUCUCCUGUCCUGUGUCUUAGAGGAACUAUUUUUUGUGUAGACCCGUUGCACUUGGUAGGGACAGGGUCUAAUUUAUCAGACACGCAUUUCGGUCGUUCUCCGUAGAAUGUGGUAGUGACCCGUAUCUGUUGUUACCCUAACCAACUCGUCACUGAAAAGUGUCCCUAGCCUGAUCUGUGUUCUUGUGUUGGGUGUGCUCUUCUUUUUUGUAAAUGUGCUAUGUAUGUAAGAGGGGACAAACCUGGUGGCCACAGCAGUUGAGAAAUAAAAUGUUGGAAGUUUUUAAUUGUCUUUCAAAGAAAAAGAAAAAAGGCAAACUGGUUCUCUUCAUCUAUCUUUUCUCUCUUAAGCAUUCCUUGCAAACAGAGACAAAGAGGGGGACAAGUUUGGUUUCAUUUUAGUGCCAUGAGAGUCUAAUUCCCUAUCUGAUUAUCAUUUGACCUUGUUUACAUCUCACAUUAUAGGCUGACUUCAGAUGCAAGCACUAAUUUUUCUUGGUCACCAUUAUAUUGAUCAGUUCAUGUACCCUUGAUAUCCAGGUCUGCACAAACACUGCAGCUAUUAAUAUUGCAGAACAGUCCACAGUACAGCCACUGCCAAAUUCUACUGCACACAUCCCUCAAUGCAGGAAUACUAAACACUCAUGUUAUUGAAAUCUACAUCAGUAUAAUUAUUACCCACUGCAGCUCCUGAACUCAUAUUUUCUCGAUUUCUGUUAUUAAUCACACAUCAGCCCAAGCUAUUGGGCAUGGACACACACACACACACACACACACACACACACACAGUGUGCUCAGUCCUUAGUCCGUUAUCAUAUUUUAGCUCUUGUUGUUUUCUAAGAGGCCAUUGAUCCCGUCAUACACGUUGAUGUGGUAUCGACCCACAGUCUCCAUCCAGCUCCAGUCUGCAGCCCUGUUUCUCCUGCUGCCUUUAAUCUUACACUGUGGAGGCACGUUCCCUGUAGAGUGACCUCUGACCCCUUCAUCAGCUUCCACACUUUAUUAUUCCAACACAAACCCACACCGCUCACUUUUAUGAUAUUCCCCUAAUGCUUUUCCCUUUCUCAGGCCAUAUUUCUCUCUGUGUUGGUCUCCCCUCUUACCUCUGUUUCUCUAUGUCAGUGCAAUUCUAAAUGAUCCUGAGGAAAUGUGUUUGCAUGCUUAUAUUAACAUGGAUGAUGUCAACUUGAUGCAAUGAUAAAUUAAUAAGUGUGCUCAACACAAAAUCUGCCGAUGAACUUGAUACUAACACUACUAAUGACAAACGUGUAACAACCUGUUCAGUAUCAUCACAACACGGAUGAUUAACAAUAUUGUUAAUAUUGUAUAUCCUCUUAGAAAUGGUAUUACAGUUUCUGGGUAUAUUUUUGAUUGUUUGUUUGCUUUUUUAAUUUUCUUUUGAAAGGUUUACUUUUUUAUAUGUUCAGAUUAAGCUGAGACUUAGAGCAAGAUAAAAAUGAAAUGCAGUCAGGGUGAGAACAUUUCAGCUGAAUAAAAAAAAGAAAAACAAAACAAAACUGAAAAAAAGGGGAAUAAAUCCUGCCAAAAACUGUCAGGAGGAUGAAUAUGUGAAUGAUGGAGACUAAGAAGAUUAAUUUAAGGCUGGAGCUAUGAUGACUGAAAUAAAACAUAUAUAUGAAAAAUCA